CACAUCCUCACCUUAGGGACCAGGGACCGUCAGGGGCCCCUACUCGUUUCAGCACCAGCAACUCUUUUGGAACUGCUGUUUUUUUUGUUUUGUUUUGUUUUUUUGUUGCAUCUUCCUCCUGGCGACGUCGGUGCGCGCGGCAAUUACGCACGACUUGGUUGGAAAAACUGUAUCGUAGCACGAGUCUUGUUCAGUUAGCCUUUAUCAUUUUUUUUUUUGAUGCGGUAACUUCUUUAAUAAUCUUGGGUUAAUUUGAGUUGUUAUCAUUUUUAUCCACAUAGGAGAAGCAUUAAAUAUACACCGGGUUCCUAAAUCUGCGGUGUUUUUACGCAUCAGGUGAAAACAGUUGUAAAAGUCAGAACGACAGGUGCCUGGCUCGACUGCACUACGUCAGAGUAGUUUACAAAGGCAGUGAAGGAGAAGGCCAGCAAAGAAAAAUCAAAAACAACAACUAAGUGACAGACAACUAAAGAUAAACAGAGAGGGAGGGAGUGACAGGGAAAAAACGAGAGAGAGAGAGAGAGAGAGAGAGAGAGGGAGAGAGAAAGAGAGAGACAGAGAGACACCCCCUGGAGACUAGCUAGGAGACCCGGCCCCCGGUCAGAGAGAAGGAGAGAGAGAGUGAGGGAGUGAGGGAGUGUUUUAAAGCCGGCAGGAGGCAUGAUGUCCUACAUUAAGCAACCCCAUUACGCCGUGAACGGGUUAACGCUGUCCGGCCCGGGCAUGGAUCUGCUCCACACCGCCGCCGUUGGAUAUCCCAGCACCCCGCGUAAACAGCGACGGGAGCGCACCACCUUCACACGCGCACAGCUGGACAUCUUGGAGGCUCUGUUUGCCAAAACCCGCUACCCAGACAUCUUCAUGAGGGAGGAGGUGGCCCUCAAGAUCAACCUGCCGGAGUCCAGAGUCCAGGUCUGGUUCAAGAACCGUCGUGCCAAGUGCCGCCAGCAGCAGCAGCAGAGCACAGGCCAGUCCAAACCACGGCCCCCUAAGAAGAAGGCGUCCCCUGCUCGUGAUGCAAACACAGAGGCCAGUGCCAACGCCACCAAUGGACCCUAUAGCCCUCCACCCCCUCCUCCAGGCACCGCCAUCACCCCAAGCUCCAGCUCAGCGAGCGCUACGGUGUCCAUCUGGAGCCCAGCCUCCAUCUCUCCGCUGCCAGACCCCCUGUCUGCCUCCACCACCCCCUGCAUGCAGCGCACCACCACCUACCCCAUGACCUACACCCAGGCCCCAGCGUACAGCCAGAGCUACGCAGGCUCUUCCUCCUACUUCACUGGCCUGGACUGUAGCUCCUACCUGUCACCCAUGCACCCGCAGCUGUCAGGCACCGGAGGAGCCCUGAGCCCCAUCACAGCCUCCUCGAUGGGCGGGCCCCUCAGCCAGUCCCCGGCCUCGCUCUCCUCACAGGGCUACACAGCUGCCUCGCUGGGCUUCGGAGCUGUCGACUGUCUAGACUACAAGGACCAAGCUGCCUGGAAGCUCAAUUUCAAUGCCACUGACUGUCUAGACUACAAAGACCAGAACUCCUGGAAGUUCCAGGUCUUGUAAAUAACAGGAAGUGGGAGGCGGGGAAGGAAGGGGGAUAGGGGAAAAAAGUGAGAAAUCAAACAAAAUCGAAGUGGUGUGAAUAACCCAAGAUUGCUUUUGGUGUGUGUUAGAAGAAGGAAGAGAACUUGAGACACAGAAAUCAAUUAAUCAUAUCAGUUGAAGACCUAAUCAGCUGAAAUAAUCUCUUCAUUUUUGCAGAAAAAUAUAAGUGGAAGUAAACUAAUCUGUCGAUGCUUGGCUUGGUGAUUGUAACAAAGAGAUGACAGUAGAGUUCAACAGCAUAGAAAUCAGACUUGAAAUCAAGGAACGGCACAAGAUUAAAAUAUCUGUACAAUAAAAUCAAAUUACUGAGAAGGAACAGCAGAUUUUUUUUCUCCAGCUCAGUGAAUUAGAAGGUUGAAAUUGCUGCUUGAACAUAGUAUAACUAUUACUGGUGACAAGAGGCUUUACCGUGAACAUGCAAAACAAAGGAUAUUUUUGAUCGAUGACUCUGUAGUUUUGGUUUAUGGAUUUUUUUUUUCUGUUUUUGGUUUGAUUGAUAGAGAUGAAACUGUUUGACCGGCCUUGACUUGAACCAAAUUUGAAGCUGAGCUUAUUUUCAAUGACCUACAAGUUUAAUUAAUGCAUAGACAGCCUUGAAAUCGACAUUUUAAACUGACGACAGCCCAAGUUUCUGUUCAUUUCUUCCUUCUAGACUUUCUCUUGUAUUUUCUGUGAUGUAUUUUUUUUUCUGAAGCUGCUUUUCAUCACUGAGCUGACUCAAAAAGCUUUGAGCCAAACAACUCAACUAACUCAUGCAGACAUCCAGGAGAGGUGUCUUUUACAGGGUGGCCACUAAUUCAGUAUCAUGUGAAAAUUGUAUAGCAGACAGAAGCGGAUGAUUCCCAGUAGCCUUGUAUGAUACUGACCCUCUGCAGCCUGUGUGUAAUAUACAAGCGGAGGGGGUAGAGUUGGUCACUGAAGUGACUGCAGUACAAACCUGUUGCCUUUGAGCAUGGUUGUAAUCGGGAGCAGAAUGGCUUGUACAUUGUUGGUUUAAUAGGAUCACUUCCAGACAAUUUGGGCAACAAUGGUCUCAUUGUGGUGCUUGGCAGCCGAGUACCCAGCCCCCCCCCCCGUUCCAUCUCACAGUGUUUGCAUGAGGUUAGAGAAUUGUUGAAGCAGUUCUUGAAUUUAUAAAUGACUUUGUCAUAUUUUUUUUGGUUGCUUUUUUUGAACUGCUCCAGUGAGGUGUUUGAUGGGAGAGAAGGCUGCGCCGGAGAAAGGGAAGGGACUGGGCCGCAAAUUGCAGCCCCCCCUUUGCACAGAGAGUUAGGUGCCUCUCUCACCUCCCACCUGUAAAGAUGUGAUGGGUACCACUUUAUGUGUUUGAUGUAUUGUUUGAUUUUUUUUUUUUUUGUAUUAGACUUAAACAACAUUAUGUUUCUUUAAAAAUCUGUGAAUUCGUUGAAGUAAAAAUUGUGGUAAUUUGUUUUGAAGUUGAUAUUAUUAUCAGUAUUAUUACUAUCAUCAUUAAUAUUAUGUCUUCAGCUGACAUGGACAUUGCUAAUAUUCUUUUUGUUGUUAUUUUGUAAAUAUUAAAACUUGAAAAUGCAAUCAUGUCUGGUAUCAGCGAUGUGUUGUUACGCAGACGCUCCACCCAACAGAAUCUCUCUUUCUUACUUUCUAGAAAACUGCCAACUUUCUAUUUUUUUCUGUUUAUAUUUUUCUGGUCUCUGCUUCUUCUGUUUUUUUUUUUCAAACUCAGGGGUUUAUCCAAUAAAAGUAGCAGUAAUAGGAUACAAUGCUGUUUAUGCUUCUUAAUCAUUUACUGUACUUUUAUCUUUUGCAUUACUAUAAUCUUCUCUGCUUAUUUUUCUGACAUGAAUUAUUUUGUAUAUUUCAUUUGUCUCCUGUGUUUGACCAGUCUCACCACUACCAUGCUAGAUAGCUAUGAUGUUUCUGAGACAUUAAACAACUUCAUUAAAA